AAAAAACCCAGUUGAUAUCGAAUGUUUACAUUGCAUAUCAGCUGUUCAUAUAGUAUUUACUUGUAUUAUAUAAGUUGGUGUGAAAAAUUAUAUAGGUACACUAAAUAAAAAAGGACAUGUUUGUUUCUCGCGCAGUCGUACGUAUUUUAAUUUUACUACAAGUAUAUGAUGCGGUUUCUUUGGCUGAAUCCAUUCCAUUUAACGACGACGAAUCAGUAGUUUCCCUCAAAUCGGACUGGAGAAGAACUAGUUCUGGUUUGACAUCAUUUAAGUUCAGCAGACUGCUCAUCACUCCAGAUCGAGUACAAAACGGAAAACUGGCGAAUGUCAAAGUGAAUUUUACAAUCACUAAUAUUGGGCAGCGAGAUGGAGACGAGACUGCUGAAUGCUACAUUUCAUGGCAAAAUGCGACGGCCGACACUCCUAUCCAAAAGCUGGUGGGAUUUCAGAGGUACAGAGUGAAGAGUGGGACUUCCAUUACAGAACAAUUUACAAUAUAUCCUCAUCAGAUGGAACUUUAUGUGGAAGGAAAAGGUCGGAUGAUAAAACCAGGGACAAUUGUCGUUUAUGUCGGAGACGAGCUUCCUCAAAAACAUGGCGGAUCUAACGGCGUAAAUGGGACUUUUGAAAUUUAUAAUGGAAGUGCGAGUAAUUCCGAAAAUCGAUUAUUUCCAGACAAAAUAUGGAUUACUCAACUUUUAACCUUAAUGUUCGUAAAUUGUGUGACUUUCUGUAAUUGAGCGUUUUAUAAAACA